AUGGCCACCAGGGAUCUGUCAGUAGGGCUGAUCUUCUUAAUCCAGACUGUGGUUGGAACGCUGGGGAACUUGUCUCUUCUUUACCAUUAUCUCCACCUUUCUUUCACUGGGUGCAGGGCGAGGAGUAUAGAUUUGAUUCUCAGGCACCUGACUGUAGCCAAUGCCUUGGUCAUUCUCUCUAAAGAAGUCUCCCAUAUGAUGGCAGAUUUUGGGGUGAGGCAGUGCUCCGAUGAUUUUAGAUGUGACCUUCUCUUCUAUGUUCAGAGAGUGGCCAGGGGAGUGUCCAUUGAGAGCACCUGCCUGUUGAGUAUCUUCCAAGCCGUCAUGAUCAGCCCCCAGAACUCCAGGUGGGCAGCGCUUAAAGGGACAGCUCCAAAGUACAUCGGCCCCUCCACUGCCCUCUGCUGGAUCCUGAACAUGCUAAUAAACACCAUUUACCUGCUUUAUGAGACUGGCCAGUGGAUCAGCAUAAACACGUGGAAAACGAGUUAUGGAUUCUGUUGCGUGGUCAUUUACGAUAAUAUCAGAGCCUCUCUGUUUGCAGUAUGGCUGUCGUUCACUGAUGUUUGCUCUCUGGGGCUCGUGCUCUGGGCCAGCGGCUACAUGGUCUUCAUCCUUCACAGACACAAGCAGAGGGUCCGAUACAUUCACGCAACCAAUGUCUCCCCCAGAUCCUCCGCUGGCUCCAGAGCCACGCGGAGCAUCCUUGUCCUGGUGAGCACCUUUGUGUUUUGUAAUACCGCCUCCUCCAUUUGUCAAGUUUGUGUGGCUUUUUUCAACAACCCCAGCCAGUCACUGGUGACCAUGUCGGCUCUCUUGGCUGUAUGUUUUCCAACUCUCAGCCCCUUUGUGCUUAUGAACUGUGACCCCAGUGUGUCCAGGCCCAGCUUUGCCUAG